AUGGACGCGCAUGCACCCCCUUCCGCCGACCCCACCCUCAGUUCCCCGUUUCCUCUUGACCUCGAGUCGGAGGGCAACCCGCUGCCUUUCGCCGCGGCCGCCUCGCGCGCGGCUCUCUUGCUCGACUCUGUCUGGCUCCCUUCCUCCAUCGACCUCCUCGCCGCGCGUCUCAAACAACUCAACAUCCAGGCAGACAGCCAGGCCUUUCUUUCCUCGCCGCCCCCACCCCCACCCACCCCGCCCCCUGCACCCGCCUCUCCAAGCUCUCCUCGCUCCACCGCGGCUUUUUUUCCGUCUUCUGCGGGCGACGGCCAGCAGGGCGCCGGCCUCUCGCAGGCCCCGGCAGCGCUCCCUCCGCGGUCAGGAGAGGAGACGAGGCGGGCUGCAGGCGAGCGCCACGAGCUUUUGUCUGGCUGGGCGGCUUCACCGGAUCGCCGGCGCCUGCCUUUUCCCCCUCCACAGACAUCAGGCGCAAAAGGCGAACGCGUGAAGGCAGAGGAGGGCACGCCGAACUCGCUUCGGCGCGGAGCGAACGACUGCGGGCGAGGGGGCGAAGAGACGCGCGUCUCUCGCCCUCCUUUCGAGGACUUCAACUCGCGACAGACGACGAAACGCGAGGGGCUGCGCGUGAAGCCGGAGUGCCGCGGCGAAGGCUGCACCUCGCGAGGAGCGCGCGGCUGCGCGCGCGCGAAAGGCGAGACCGGCGCGCCGCCGAGCAGCUGCGGCCCACCCUCGCAGAGGACUCACGGCGCCUGGCGGGAUGGCGGCGCCGGCGAAAAGUCGUCGGUCCGGCGGGGCUGCGAAGGAGAGAGCGAGAAUCCAGAGCGCGCCUGGUUCCCCAGAGGGGUCACGCUGCCGAAAUUGAAGACAACUCACGUCAGGGCGCGAGAGAACGUGCGCGGCGUCGAGGUGCUGCUGCACUACGAGCAGCCUCUCGAGUCGCAGAAGGAAGUCAUGGAGGCAGUCAUCGAGGCCUGCCAGACCAGGAGCCACGUCAUCGUAGAGAGCCCGACGGGAACGGGAAAGACCGCCGCACUGCUCUGUGCCGCGCUGGCGUGGCAGCGCGAGGCUCAAGUCGAAGCGAGGAGUCGGAAUGUGGGGAGAAUUAUCUACUGCACGCGAACCCAGAAACAGGCCUCUCAGGUGCUGAGCGAGCUGAAGAAGAGUCCCUACCGACCUGCCGCAGUGCAGCUCGCCUCCCGCGCGCACAUGUGCCCCUACAUGAACCGCUCGCUUCGCGCCUUCGCACUGUUGGCUCUCGAGGCGAACGCGGCGCUUUUCUCAGACCUGCCGACCCGCGCGGGCUGCGCGGAGUCGCGGGCGAGCGGCCGCUCUGCGUCGCCGGAGGGCGCGCGAGGCGCGUGGCGUCCGAGGCGAGAGGAGGGACGGCUGAAGAGACAGAAGACCCUCGCAGGCGUCGUCACGCCCCCCUUCGCUGACGCGCUGGAGGAGCCCGCCGAAGAGGAGAACGAGGUAGAGGACGCGUGCGACUUCAACGAGUCAGACAUAGUCAUUGAAACGGAGUUGCAGGCGGAGGCGGAGGGCGGCGGCGAGGCCGCAAGCGCAGAAGACACACAGGCCAUGAGACACAGACGGACGGCGCCCGCUCCUUCACACUCCACAGAAGGCUUCAAAAACGAAGCGAAAGGAUGGACAGUCUCGGGGCGGAGGGCUCGCGGGGGGCAGCUGCAGCAAGCGCCCACGUCCGCGUCUUCGCUUCCUCCGCAGUCCGCCUCGGCGCCGAGCGACGCCUCGCCCUGGUCUGCGUCGGGCUGGCUUUCUGCUCCACUCAGGAAGGAGAGAAAAACCACGCAGUGCACGCUCGACUUUUUUCUUUGCAAAUCGAAGGCGACAGCUGAGCCUGAGCGGCGAGGCCAAGAGGAAGCGGGCGGGCGACAGAAACAGAAGACCGGCGGUGUCUUCGAUGCGCUUUCCUCUUCGGUCGAGGUGUCGCAGGAAGAAGUGUGGAGGUUCCCCGAGGACGCGGGCGCCGGGCGAACGGAGGGAUGGACGCGAUCGAAUCGCAGGACUGUAGACCAGUUUUUGCGACAACUUCUGCUGAUCCCUUCUGCGCCGGCGCGCCGUGGGGCGUCCGCCGCGCCUGCGUCUCUCCGUGACUCCUCGUCGCCCUCGCCGGCGGCGCCCGCGCGGCUACUUGAGGACGACGAGUGUCGCCAGUCCGCGACGCGCGUCGACACGUGGCGGCGGCGCGCGGGGCGGCUGCGCGACAAGUCAAGCAGCGACGGGUUCGCGUUCCUCCUGCGCAGACUCCUCGCCUUCGCCUGCGCCAGCUGCGACGUUCGCCGCCGCUUCGCGAGCGGCGCGGACAAGCGACCAGAGAGUGCUGCGCGCGGUGACGGGGCGGAAGAAGGCGCAGAAGCCCGCGCGGCGGCGGCGGGAGGGCGCGAAGGAGACGGCGGGCACGGCUGCGAAGGCGCGGACGCAGAGGACGGCGCGUGGCGGUGGGCAGUGCGCCCGCGGCCGCGCGGCGCAGAGGCAGGGCCGCAGGGGAUGAGCGGCGAAGGCGCGAGCCGCGGGAGAAGGCGGCGGGACCCCCUUGACAAACCGGGGGGGUGGCUGUGCCCCUUCUACGUGCGCCUUGGGGAGCGGCGCUUCGCCGAGCAGCUGUUCGCCAGAGGCAGACCGCCACUCGAAGUCUGCUGGGACAACGCGCGCAGCGAACGAGGCGAGCUGACAGGCGUCGCUGCGCGCCGCGAGGGAGAGGCGGCGGCAGACACGAAGCUCAGGCAGCGACAGGACGUGGAGUCGCUCGCGCGGUGGGCGCACGAGAGCGAGGGCGAAGGCGAGGGCGAGGCGAGGGCGAUGACGGCACAGACACGAGAAACUGGGCGGCGGACAGCAGCAGACUCGGCGCGGGAGCAGGCCGCGAAUCCGCUUAGAGAAGAGACAGUUUCUCAUAGCGUCAACGGAGGCCCCGAGGCGAGCGCAGGAGCCGACAGCAGAGACGGGGCUUGGGCGGGGCCUUCUGGGGGGCCCUGCAGCGAAGGGCAGACCGGGGGAGAAGAGGAGGAUGACGAGGCGUCAUCACGCGGCGCGAUGGACAUUGAAGAACUCGCCAAGUUCGCGCUGACUUCCUUCUGCCCCUCCGGCUCCGCCCGCUUAUGCAUGCCCGCCGCCUCCGGAGAGACGGCGAGCGAGGUGUCUCACUUUUCUCUCGUGGGCGCGUGCCCCUACCACGCGACGCUUGCGCUGCUUCCCAUGGCUGACCUUGUCGUCUGCCCGUAUAACUACGUGUUAGAUCCCGCGGUGUCUGUCAGCUCGAAGCUCAGCGAUCUGCUCAAAGACUCGGUUAUCAUCCUGGACGAGGGUCACAACGUCGAGUCGAUCUGCCGCGACGCAGGCAGCCUCGACGUGCCGCUCUCCCUCCUUCUUUCGCUGAUGGACUGGGUAGGCAACAUCCGCCUGCACAUGAAGAAGCUCCUCGGCGCCAACUUCGACCCUCCUGCCGCGUUCGUGGGCGGCGCUGGAGGGGACGAGGCGCCUUCGGAUGCGCUGUCACGCCUGCAGCCGGUCUCCGCCGCCUCGCCGGCGUCUCCAGGGGGGGCUGGGGUUGCGUUUGCGGCGACGGAUACGGAGGAGGAGGCGAAGCGGCAGCUGGUCUCGCAGGCGCUGCCGGCGCUGCUGAACUUCCUGCACCGCCUGUUGCAAGUCGGGGUGAAGGCGACACAGAAUCGCCGCGAGCUGGCCAAAAACGUGCGAGGGUUCGCCGCGGAGCUGCGCGCCGAACUCGACUGGAGGAGGCGGUGCCAGCGGGGAACGACCCAGCGGGGCGAGGAGGCGGGAGCCCAGCGACUCUGGCAAGGGCGCCGACAGAAAGUGGUCGCCGAGGCGCCGCACAGCGGACACGAAAAGGAACUCAUGAGCGUCACGCUGCGCAGGUGGGAAGGCGAACGGAGAGAACAAGAACUCGCGGCGCCGCGGUCGGCUGCGUCAGCGCCUGCGUGGCCUCCACCGCAGCCUGGAUCGCAGCCGGCAUCUCAGCGUCCAUCGCAGGCGCCGGCCUUUUCCGCCGCGGUUCUGCCUGCCUCUCGCCCUCGCGGACCAGCGGGGACGCCGGCGUUCCGCCCGUCGGCAGCGACUUCUUCUCGCGCGUCUGAGGGGGUCGUCGGGCCCGCGCCGGCUGCACGCCCGACGACCCCCUCGCUGGACGGCAGCCUCGACUUCUUGCUCGAGAUGGGCGUCGCGCGCGCGGACGCCGCCGCCUUUGGCCAGCGCGUGAAGGCGUCGCUGGAAGAAGUUCGCCGCCUGCUGCUUCUUGCCGACCCCUCGCAGGACUCGAAUAUAAGCCGGGAGCAGGCGAACUGGGGAGACAGCCGCGAGAUGCGCGCGCUGGAGAAGCUGAUCGAUACCUUCUCCGCGCUGACCGCGCACCCCAACUGCUACUGCGUCUGCCUCUCCUCUGAGAUGCGCAUCGAGGAAGUCGAGGCCCUUCUGCGUCUGCCGCUCGCGGCGGCGGCCGACGGCGAAGAGGAGAGAGCGCGCCGCGAGCUCGAGGCGGAUGUGUCUCUGAGUCAAGCGAACAGCUCGCCGAUCUCGUUGGAUCGUGUCUCGCUUCACCUGUGGCUGCUGGCGCCCGCGGUCACCUUCGAGAGAAUCAGCCGUCAGGCGCGAACUGUCGUCGUCGCCUCAGGCACUCUGGAACCCAUCGAGUCUCUCAUGUCGGAGCUGGGACCGUCGUUCACCCGACGGCUGCUCCCGAACCCCGUGCGCGCUGGCCAUGUCGUCUCGCCUGCGCAGCUCGCGAUCGUCUGCCUUCGAACGAUGCCCGCCACCGGCCUUCUUGGCCUCCCUUCUUCUUCCUCUUCUUCCGUCAUCUCCUCUGUCUCCUCUGUCUCGUCUUCUUCCGCCGCUUCGGGCUCGACUUCGUCGCAGCCGCUCGGCGCUACCUCUGGGACGUUUGUGCCGUCUUUCUCGCCCUCGUUCGCCUCCGCGCAAGUCGCGCACGCGCUGCCGCUGGAGUGCACCAACCGGCAACUGUCGAGCCCGGUUUUUCUGUUGCAGCUCGGCUGGUGCAUCGCGCGACUGCUGAGUGUGAUUCCCGGCGGCGUGCUCGUCUUCUUCCCUUCCUUCAGCGUCCUCCACCGCGCGCAGCGCGUGUGGAAGGGCGACGGCGCGUCCGCGCGCUCGCGCAGGCGGCGCCGCGCGUCCCGCGGCGCCGACGGGGACGCCCCGCGGCGGCAGACCUGGCGCUACUGUGCGUCGCGAGGAGGCGAGGCGCCGGAGGCAUCCCAGAGUCGAGACUCGCGAGACGACGCGCCUCGUCGGUCAGCGGAGUCAGUCUGGCAAGCCUUCGAGCUGCUGAAGCAGACGGUGCUGGUAGAGAAGGGCAGCGACGCGUCCUCUGCCUCUCUUGGGCUCGCGGCGUCGCGGAGCCUCGCUCGAGAGGACGCACAGCCUGCCUCUGCGCUCGCCGCGGAACUUGGCGCUGAAGACGAUCUCAGUACCCAGCCUGAGCUCUCAUCCGCCGCGCCCGCGUUCGCCACGCUGCCCUCGCUGCGCGGCGUUGUCGCCUCUUCCGCCGAGCGAGAAGGCGAGCGCGACGCGAAAGAGGUCUUCUGCGAGAGCGUGGACGAGAAGGGCGAGGCGCUGAUGUUCGCGGUGUAUCGCGGGAAGAUGAGCGAGGGGCUGUCCUUCAACGACGCCUACUGUCGCGGGGUGAUUUGCGUGGGGAUCCCCUACCCGGCAUUCCGCGACCCGAAAAUCGAGAGCAAAAUGAAGUUCAACGACACGCUGCAGCGCCUCAAGUUCCCUCCUGAGCUCCUCCUCCUCUCGUCUUCCUCCUCGGCGCCUUCUGCGGGCCUCCGCGCGGCGGCUGACGCCCUCCCGCCGCCGAUUUCGUCUGCGGAGGUGGCGCUGGCGGCGCGCGAGCCCAGCCGCCCUCCGUCGCCGAAGACCGAAUUCCGCGACGACGCGCGCCGGCGCGCCGCCUCCUGGAGCCUGGCGCAGCCGGGGGAGAAGGAGGAAGACCGAGGCGAGGCGCGGCCGCAGCUGCUGAAGGCGGUGGCGCUGGGGAGGCAAGGCGCCAAAGAGACGGAGGGGGACAGGGCGGCGCCUCCGGCGGCGUGGCUGGACGGCAGACGCUGGUACAGCGUGCAGGCCUACCGCGCCCUCAACCAGGCGAUCGGAAGGUGCAUUCGACACAUCAACGACUACGGCGUCGUCGUCUUGCUCGACUCGCGCCACCCUCUCCCGUCGUCUCUCGGCGUCGCGUCGUGUGCCUCUUUGGCGUCUGCUGCGCCCUCGCUUCGUCUGGCGCAUCCCUGGCGCCCAGACGCGCGUGGGCGCCCGCCGUCUUCUCUUCUCGCGCCCGCAGCGUCGCUCCCGUCUCGGUUUUUCUGCAGCUGGUUCACGCCGCACCUCUACGCGGCGGAGUCCUGCGACGGCCUCCUCCACGCCCUGCGCGCGCACUUCGCCGUCGCGCCGCGCGUCGUGGCUCAACGGCAGCGCGCAAGGCUCGCUGCGCGGCCCGCCUCGCGCUGCGACGAUGCGCGACUCGGGUCUCUCACGCAGGACAGCGUUUCGCCUUCGAGCGAAAGCGACAAUUGUUACCUCUCCGCUGCGUUGGGCGGUGUACCGAAUGGAGGCUGCAGGGAUCGGCACGCGCCGCAGAUUGCGGAGGAGACAGCGGGACGAGUCACAGGGGGAGAGAGCCAGGCGGCGAAGAGAGAAAACGCCUCAGGCGCCCGCGACAACGGUGGGCUGCCUCACGGAACGAACCGGAGCGAACUCAACGUUCUCGCGCCGCGUAGCGAGCAUCAGGAGGGAGAAGACGGCGAGCGAAUCGCGUGGGGGGCGGGAGCGGACGCGUCAGGGAGAGAGAAAAACCAAAACGAGGAGAGCGAACAGAAGCCUCCCGCGGCGGCCUCGCGUCUUGCGAUGAAUGAGGCGCUGGACAGAGGGCGAGCGUCGCACCGCUUGGAAGCCCCGAAGAUCCACGAGGACGGAGGCACUUGGCUGUCUCAGCCGCUCGCGCAGGCGUUGCACAGCGAGGCGGAGGAGAAGGCGGCAGGCCGCGAGGAGACGAGGCGCGAGGCAGAGCGCAGGCGUGGAGUCAAAGAAGAAGAGAUGACCCCGCCGAAGGAAAAAGAGAAUCUCGCGCCUUCCGCGAAGAAGAGUGCCUGGUUGAGAGAGAGAGAAGAUCAAGAAGACCUCGAAGACAUCCUCGCAGCUUUCUGA